UGGGGCAGGCAGUGCCAAGAGAGCCGCGUGCCCUCCUCCCAGGUCCUGCUGCACCGGAGCACCAGGAAAAGCCUUGCUGGCUUUUCCUACACGCGGAGGGCCCUGGCCCGGCCAGUCUCGCCUGUAUGGCCACGUGCCCUCCGCCGCCUCUCUGUCACUCUAAGGCGCUUGACGCCGUCCCAGCCCUCGGCAUCUGGGGGCCUCUCCAAGUGCUCAGCAGGUGCCAGCUCCCUUGGUCGCCACAGCAGCGACCCAGCAGACAGCGAGAUGCAGGGUGCCCGUGUCAUAUGUGAAGUUUGUCGGCACAGCUACACCAUUGCUUCACAUGCUGUCCCAAGGGCAGAACCGAGCCACUGCGACAGUGUCUGGCCCUUUGCACAAGUUUCCCCGCCCACUCUCCCGGGGCCUCUCCCUGUUCCCACACCUGUCUAGUGGCUCCUGCAGGUUGGGAGCUAGUCAGCCGCUUGGGGCUUGUCUCCUCCGCUGGGGUGACCUAGACCCUGGGAUGCUAAAGUCACAGGAGGUGCUGGGCUCCUGGGCUGGGUUCCGCAUGGCUGCUGGUCAGGCUCCAAGCUGAGGGGCCAGGAGCUGGGCCCUUUCUGACCAGCCUCAGGCCACAUGGUUUCUACCCAGAUUUGAGGGGAGGGGAUGCAGGCCCCACUUCUCAAGUGGCGCCCUGGUGGCCAGCACGUAAAAACCUCCACUCUGGCCUCCUCUUCCCCUCAGACUAUGCCCCACAUGACUCCCAAAGGACCUUUGGGACACAGCUGACUCCCCAAUCCGGAGCUAGGCGGGACCCCUGUGACUUGCUAGCCAUGGGCAAGUGGCCUCGACUCUGAAUGUCACUGUCUCAAGCUGCAAAGGGCAGGUCAUGACUACAGUUGGCCACUAAGUUGAAUUUCAGAUGGACAACAAAUGACUUUUACUCUGCGUGUAUCCUGUGCCAUAUUUGGGACCCAUAGUAAACAAACCUGUCCAUCUGAAAUUCAGAUCUAACUGGGCACCCUUUUUUCAGUUGCUAAAUGUGGCCGCCCCGAUACUGAUGGAACUGCCUGCUGGGGUGGUUAGGAUUGAAGGAGAUAGAUCACAAACACACGCUGUAGAAUUCGUGUCGCUUAAGCUCAGCCCUGGCCUCACCCUCUGGAUAAACUUCAUGUGUGACUGCAGGACAGGAGCUGUCCCGUGAACGGGUGGGGCUUUCUCCAGAGCCCCCAGCACGCAGUGGGUGAGUUCAGCGCCUUUUGUGAUCAGUUUCUCCAACAUUCUGUAAUGUAUGCAAUCUACGUUGGACUCUCCCCACUGCAAGCGACAGGGCCCACUGCAAACCAGCACGAGCAAAUUGGAAUUUUACUGGCUUCCGUGACUGGCAAGGCCAGGGAGGGGUUUCAGGCAUAGCUGGAUCCAAGCACUGGCUCUGCCCAGACUCGAUCUCCCCACACCUGUGGUCAACAAGAUUACAGCUCCCUCAGAGAUGCAGAGCCUACUCUCGGGAAUGUGUGAACAGGUUACCUUAUUGGCAGAAGGGGUUGAGUUGAGGACCUAUGAGAUGAGAGGACCCUGGAUGACCUGGGGGCCCAGUGUCAGCACAGGGUCCCUCCGUGGGGAGGCAGGAGAGUUGGAGACAGAGAGACUGGAAGAUGCUGCGCUGCUGGCUCUGAAAGGGGACACGGGUGGCCACUAGAUGCUGGGAAAGGCGGGAGACAGUUCUCCCAUGGAGCCCCAGGAGGGACCAGGCCUGCCACACCUUGGUUUUAGCCCAGUGAGGCCGGCCCCCAACCUCCGACCUCCAGGACUAUGAUAGAGUAAGGUUAGGUCACCAUGUAUGUGAUACUUUGCUAUAGCACCCAGAGGAAGCUAAUAUACCCGCCAACUCCACUUUCUGUGCGGGCCUCAUUCUCAGGCGGGCUUCUCUCUCCCUGGGAGCGCCCCCAGACCGACCUCCUGGCUCCAAGUCCAGUGGACCGUGAGGCUUCUUUAGAAAAGUUUGGGAAAUCUGAGCCCUGGUUUUCACGGAGCCAGCUCAAGUCAAGUCCUCUUCCACCCCAACCCUGAGCUGGGGGGUGGGGCACUCUCAUUGGCUGGUCUAGGUCAUGUGGCAUGCGGAGGGGGUGGGGCCCAGGGAGGGCACCCCAGAGCUUGUGGACACCUGCCCAGGGCAGACAUCACCAGCCGAUCACACUCCUUGCAUGGAGCCUGCUGAGACCGCCAAGUGCCCAUGGCAUCUUCACUCACGAUAACCAAACGCUGGAAACAGCCGAUCACCCAUCCGCUGGAGAAUGGACAAACGUGGUCCAUCCCUGGAUUAUCACUCAGCCAUGAAAAGGGACGAGGCUCUGACACAGGCCUCAGCGUGGAUGGACCUUGAGGACAUCGUGCUCACUGAGAGACGCCAGACACAGAAGGGCACGUCAUGUGUGACACCACUCACAGGUCCCUGGAGUCGUCAGAUCCACAGAGACAGGAAGUAGGAUCGUGGGUGCCAGGGGCUGGGGAGUGAGUGUUUUAUGGGGACAGAGUGAUAGUUUAGAAAGAUGAGAAAGUUCCAGAGACGGAGGGUGGUGAUGGUUUCACAACCACGUGCAUGUACUCAGUGCGGCUGAGCUGUGCACUUAAAAAUGUUUAAGACAGUGACUUUUAUCUGUAUUUUGUCACAAUAAGAAAAAGAGGCCAAAAACAAUUACAUUGAAACCACACAAAACAUAUAUGAUACGAGGAUUUGAACGCUGUAUAUUAGGUGAUAAUUUUGUUACAUUUUCAGGUGUGAUCAUGGUAAUGUGGUUUUAUCUUUCAGAACCACUUUUGAAAAUGUGUGUGGGUGAGAAAGCCGUGGGCGGAGCCUCAAGCUGCCUCCCCCACAGGAAGCACCGGUGGGGUCGGCCUCGGUGGCCACCCUGCGCCUUGCGCCCGAGGCAAGAUGGCGGCCCGCCAGUGCACGCUGCUAGCGCUGGCCCUCGGGACCCUGUGCGCAGUAGGCAGCACAUUUGGGGCCCAGAUCAUCGGGGGUAAGGAGGCCGCCCCCCACUCCCGCCCAUACAUGGCCUCACUGCAGGAAAACGGCUCCCACAAGUGCGGGGGGGUCCUCGUGCACCCACAGUGGGUGUUGACAGCUGCCCACUGCCUGAACAGGAGUGCGGAGCUGCUGAGGCUGCGGCUGGUGCUGGGGCUGCACACGCUGGGCCACCCCCGCCUCGCCUUCCACGUCCGGAUGGCCGUGCAGCACCCCGACUACAGGCCUGCGCCAGCCCUGGAGAACGACCUCGCGCUGCUUCAGCUGGACGGGAAGGUGAAGCCCAGCAAGACCAUCCAGCCCCUGCGCUUGCCCAGAAGUCGCCAGGUGGUGGCAGCAGGAGCUCGGUGCAGCGUGGCCGGCUGGGGGGUGACCCACCAGGGUGGGCAGCUGGCCCGGGCACUGCAGGAGCUGGACGUCCGAGUUCUAGACUCCCAGAUGUGCAACAGCAGUCACUUCUGGCAUGGCGGCCUCCCCCGCUACGUGGUCUGCCUGGCUGCAGACAGGAACCAAGCCCCCUGCAAGGGGGACUCCGGCGGGCCCCUCGUGUGCAGCAAAGGCUGGGUGGCUGGAAUCCUGUCCUUCAGCUCUAAGGUCUGCACUAAUGUCUUCAAGCCCACCGUGGCCACCACUGUGGCGCCCUACGUGUCCUGGAUCAAGAAGGUCAUCCGCCACUGACAGUCUCCCCCUCCAGCCUGAUGCGCCCCUGGGUGCCUGCGACCUGCCCCACACACAGCUGGGCAGGACCUACCCUCAGGGUUCCAGGGAGGGUCAGGGGAGGGAGCAGGAGGGGACUGGGCAUGUCUUGAAGGACCAAUAAAUCCUGAUGGAGAAACCCUC